AUGUAAGACUUUUAGCCAGGCGAUGUGAUAGCUCAAGAAUAUUUAAUUUUUACUAUGUUGGCACAGGGAUCAUUUGGUAAAGUAUAUUUGGGAAAAUCUUAAACAAAAAACAUGAAUGUGGCAAUUAAAGUCGAAAAGGCUGAGGUCUCAUAUUUCAAUAGUUUAAUCAGAGAAGUAUGCUUAACAAUAAAUGCCUUUUAGAUUGAGAUUUUGAAGUUAUUAGAAGGGGUUCCGUGCGUACCUAGGGUUAUUUGGUCAGGAUAGGAAAAAGGCAUGAGAAUCAUGAUCCAAAAUCUUUUAGGAAAAGAUUUAAUUCAUUAUUAAAAAAAAAUGAAGAAAUUUUCUUAUGAAUGCGUUUGCAACAUUGCCUAUUAGAUGAUUGGAAUUCUGGAAUAAAUUCAUAACAAGUAAUUGAUUUCUGAAAUUUUGAAGAAACAUCAUACACAGAGAUCUCAAACCUGAAAAUAUCUUAGGAGCAUCCCAAUAAAAUAAAAUUUAUUUAAUUGAUUUCGGAAUUGCUAAGAAUCUCGAAUCGAAUAAAAAAACCAAAGAGAAAGUUUCAUUUAUUGGAACUACUAGAUACGCAAGCUUAGCUGCACAUAUUGGAAAAGAACAAAAUAAAAAAGAUGAUUUGGAAUCCUUAGGUUAUAUCAUAAUAUAUUUCCUAAAUGGAAGCUUACCUUGGACGAAUAUUGAAAAGGACGACAAGGAAAGAAUCGAAAAAAUAGGACUUUUGAAAAAAGAUAUGUCUCCUGAAGAAUUAUGUGAAAAUUUACCAAAUCCAAUUUUAAAGUAAAAUCUCUUAUCUCAUUAUUAGUAUAGAUAUAUGAAAUAUGUAAAAGGGCUGUCUACUAAAACGAAACCUAAUUAUUCACAAUUAAAAGAGCUAUUUACCGUCGCUAAAGUAGCACAGAACAUGCCUUUUGACUGGAAUCAAAGAGCAAAAGCAAAUCGUAAGAUGAAUUCGAAUAAAUCCAUUAAAACAUCCAAAUCGGCUAAGGUAUAUAGCAAAUCCAAAUCAUAAUUCAGAAAAACCUAAAAUAACAAUUCUUAGGAAUCAUCACAAGUUCUCGUUUAACAACAUCAAGCACCAAUUAAAAAGUAAUAUAAAACUUUUGUGUAACCAGACUCUCAAGACAAAAGUUGUAAUCAUUCGAGUGAUGAUUUUCAAUAAGAAAAUAGUCUGAGUGAUGAAAAAAAGAGUAAAGAAAGUGUGAAAGUCGGAUAUUCGAUUAGUUAUGAACCUUCCAAAUUUUCUAGAUAUUCCCAACACAAUAAAAGUCCAAUCCAGUAGUAAUAAAAGGAGAGAGCCAGAGUUUCCACUCUUGAUGCCAAUCCUUAAGACCCAUUCGUCAUGCCACUUCAAUCAGAAUAAUAACUACAAGAAUUUGAAAACCAAGACUUAGCAAUUAAGUACAAGUAGUUGUUCUAUAAAUCGAUCCUACACAAUUAUAAAAACCCUAUUCAAGAUUUCAAGACAAUCCAUUAUUAUUUUCUUAAUUGA